AUGAUGAUCAAAUUAAAAUUCCUCUGGUUGUCUGCGGUGUUUUGUUUCUUUGACUCAUGUCUUUGUGCAAAUAUUUUGUAUGUGGUACCGUUUACUUCAACGUCCCAUUAUAUAAUGUUACGACAAAUCGGACUGGAACUCGCUAGAAGAGGACACAAUGUAACUGUUAUUACAGCUAACAAGGAAAAUAAUCCGCCUAAAAAUUAUCACGAGGUCAUGGUAGACGACAAGAAGAUUUGGGAGGUCAUUGGAGGUGGAAGACCAAACGUUUUCACAAUGAGUAGCAUAUCAGCUGAGAAAUUUCACGACAAAAUUCUCUGGAACGGUGGCCUGGCAUUUACGGAGGUGAUUUUGAAUUCAGUUCCAGUUCAACAGUUAUUAGCCAGCGAUCAGAAAUUUGAUUUGGUAAUCUGCGAACAGUUCUUUCAAGAAGCUACGUAUAUUCUAGCCCACAAAUACCAAGCACCACUAGCUCUUGUAACAACGUUUGGAAAUUGUAUGCGGCACAAUAUAAUAGUACGUAACCCAUUGCAAUUGGCAACGGUGAUACCAGAAUUUUUAGAUAUUAAAAACCCAGCAAGCCUAUGGGGUAGAUUAAGAAGUUUAUAUUUCACAGUGUACGAAUUCAUUUGGUGGAAAUUUUGGUACUUAGAGAAACAGGAACAGUUGGCAAAAAAAUAUGUUACUAAUCUCUUAGAACCGGUCCCAAGUUUAUAUGAAAUACAAAAGAAGGCUUCUCUCAUGCUUGUUAACAGUCACUUUAGUUUCGAUGGACCAGUGGCCUAUCUUCCUAAUAUAAUAGAAAUUGGCGGAAUACAUUUAUCAAAAAGUGAUGGAGAACUACCUGGUGAUCUGAAGCAGCUGUUAGAUAAAUCAACGGAUGGAGUUGUGUACAUGAAUUUCGGUUCAAAUGUCCAAAGUUCUGAAUUGCCACUCGAUAAGAAAAAUGCGUUUGUCAAUGUAUUUAAACGACUGAACCAAACUGUCUUGUGGAAAUGGGAAGAUGAAAAUUUAGAAAAUAAACCGAAAAAUGUAGUGACGAGAAAUUGGUUACCACAAAAGGAAAUUUUUGCUCACCCUAACGUCAAAGUUUUUAUUUCUCACGGCGGAUUGAUUGGAACCCAAGAAGCUGUUUUUAAUGCAAUACCAAUUAUAGGCAUUCCCAUUUAUGCCGAUCAAUACAACAAUCUUUUACUAGCUGAAGAGAAAGGAUUUGGAAAAAUUCUACAAUAUGAUGAUAUCAGUGAAAAAUAUCUAGAGAGCAUAAUUUUAGAAGUUCUCAAUAAUGAUAAUUAUAAGAAAAAUGCAUUAGAAAUAUCACAAAGGUUUAAAGAUAGGCCAAUGACUCCUCUAGACACGGCUAUGUUUUGGUUAGAAUAUCUUUUAAGAAAUAAAAAUGCCGAGGCAUUGAAAAAUCCUGCACUAGAUUUAAGUUGGUUUGAGUAUUUGAUGCUCGAUGUGUACGCCAUUGUAUUAUUAUCUGGUAUUGUAAUUAUUGGUGUAAUACUCAAGACUAUUUCAUUAAUUAAAUCAGUAUUAUUUAGUAAAAAUAUUAAUAAUGAUAAGAAAAAUAAAUGAGCGUUAGGACAUUUAGGUAAAUAACACAAAUUUUGUAACAAAUGUUUACAGAAGCGCCUUAGUUUAGUAGUUAUUGGCUCUCUCAAUAACAACGGAUUUAGGUUGAAGAUAAUCUAAUGAGAUGGCUGCGUUGCCUCUUAGACUAACAUUGCUAAG